CCAGCACUGAGCAGUAACGGCGAACACCCCUACAAUGCGCUUGCCUACUACUAGACAAAGUUGCACCCGUGGCAGGCAUCGCAUACUCCUGCUUGGUGAUCCAAGAUUCCAAGCCGCGUCAUACUUACUGUCAUCGAUCGCUAUCUCGCGUUAUUCAUUACACGGACUUAGGUCAUAUCAACCACUCUUUCACCAUGACGGUCUUGAUCCCGAAAGUUUCCCUGGUCAAUUCGCUAGUUUCGCAGAAGAUGUUGUAACGUUCCUGAACUGCCUGAACGAGUUUCCGGAGUUUACAGACGAGGUGGUCAAUACGUCAAUGCGUGCGUUUGAAGUUGAUCUGAAGUAUCGGGCUUCGUGUCUUCAGGAGUACAAAGAAAUUGGGGAGCACAUUGACAACAUCACGGUCAAUCUAUUGAUGUUUAUUGAAAUCGGCGUACCAACAAUUAGGUUCGCUCAGCAACAUGCAGCAGCAAACCUGCUAAACUUGUCGACAGUCGCGACGUUCUUCUCAGCUGUGACAGCAACGACCUUACAAUUCUCAUACCAGUUGACAGAUGGAGUGCUGGAAAAUCUCCUUGGUCUCACCUGGAAGCAAGCUAUGUAUCGCUCUCCGGGACAUAGGGUACCUCGGGAUUUGUCACAUCCAUGAUCACCACCGUUUUUACAGUUGUCACUUCCUUCGGCCUGGCUGCCGUCUCCGCUUGGUUCGCCUCCGAACGGUGGAUAUUCGUUCAGCACCGCGGUCAUGUGUGGCUGGAGGAUGUGAUAAAUAAAACAACUCACCGCAUGCUCCGGUUAUGUCUUAACGUCUCUUCAUCAAUAACAUUCUUC